AUGGAGGAAGAAGCACAGCCUGGGAAGAAGCAGCACAAAGGGGGCUACCGCCAGAUCAACAAGGCGCUUAAUAUAUGCGCCUUUGAGGAUUAUCUUGAGGCUCAACUCUCGACUUUACCAGAGAUUGCUGAUGUCGAACAAAUAAGUCCACGAGUGUUACGAGUUUUGGGUCAAAACGCUGGAAAGUUUACCCUACAAGGCACGAAUACAUACAUUGUCGGGACCGGCUCUCACAGACUCAUUAUUGACACCGGUCAGGGUAUCCCAGAAUGGGCCACUUUACUAUCAUCAGUUCUCGCUGAACGCAACAUUACUCUUUCUCAUGUUCUUCUUACACACUGGCACGGUGACCACGCUGGCGGCGUGCCUGAUCUACUCCGCCUCUACCCUCACCUUAAUGACUCCAUCUACAAACAUACUCCCAGCAAAGCACAACAGCCUAUCGUCGAUGGGCAAGUCUUCGAGGUCGAAGGCGCCACGGUGAGGGCUCUCCACUCCCCCGGUCACUCACACGAUCACAUGUGCUUCAUCAUCGAGGAAGACAAUGCCAUUUGCACAGGCGACAAUGUACUUGGCCACGGUACCGCUGCUGUUGAAAUGCUGAGCCUGUGGAUGGACUCCCUACGUCUAAUGCAAAAACAAGAAUGCAAGAUCGGAUAUCCUGCUCACGGUAUGGUAAUCGAGAACCUCCCGAUCAAAAUCAGUGGAGAAUUGGCAUCCAAGACAAGACGAGAAAAACAGGUGCUCCAAGCAUUGACCAAAAUUAAGAAAACAGCUGGCUCAGGAAAGGGGGACGUUACCGUCAAGGAACUUGUUACUACUAUGUACGGGGAAGGAAUGGCCGAUGAGGUUCGACACAUGGCGAUUGAGCCAUUUAUGGAAGAAGUUUUGCGGAAGUUGGCAGAGGAUGGUAAAGUAGCCUUCACAGUCAGGGGAGGAGUAAAGAAGUGGUUCAAGAUUGCUUUUGAUUGA